AUGUCUGACAGACAAAAUAAGCAUAUCAAACGCAUGCUUAGCAAAGUUUGGGGGUCUCGAGAACGAGGCGAAUAUAGUGACCUUAAGCUCGUCUGUGACGAUGGCACCAAGUUCGACGUCCAUAAGCUCAUGCUAUGUUCAAAAUCCCCUGUCUUUCGAGCUGCGUGUACAGGCAACUUCAAGGAAAGUUUCCCAGCCUUCUCCUUGAUAUUAACUAACUUGGCUCGAGUACAGGAGGCGGCAGAAUCCACGUAUCAUAUGCUAGGUGAAUCGACACCUGUCGUGAAGAAAAUGUUGGAAUACCUGUACCAGGGGGAUUACUCAGAAGAAUUGAGCGAGAGCCUGAGUAAUGACGGGAAUCUAAGUGAUGAGUCGCUGAAGACGCCGGUGUCUGCGAUGUCAGCUCUUCAACUGCAUGCCCGAUUGUUCGCCUUGGGUGAUAAGUUCAUUAUCCCACAGCUUUGCGCCACAGCCGUGGCAAAAUACCGCGACAGGAUUAGAAAGCAGUUCAACGCCUUGGAAUACCUUGAUUCCAUGCCCGAUGUUUUCUUCUCAAUACUGAGCCACAACGAUAAACUGCAGUCGACUGCAGUCCAAUUUGCAAGCACUCAACUCGAAUCGGCUUUAGAGGAUGAGCCGGUUCGCACGAAAUACGAUUCGAUUGCCAUCCAAGUCCCACAAUUUGUGAAAAAAACGCUUGACUUUUAUUUUGACGAGUCCCCACAAUGUCAUGAUUGUGGGGACCAAGGCUAA